AGUAGUAGUAGUGUUCAGCCGAAAAAGCUUGUUUGGUUUGUUUGGAAUCGCAGUUACAUUUUAUAAACAGAUACAUCUCAAAACGUAUUCGUUUGAAUUUCAUUUAAACAAUAUUCAACCUUCCUGUCUAAAUCCCGUCUCUUUCCCCAUAUGAUAGGUUGCUUUCAUUAACCUUUGGUAAACUUUAACACAUAGUUUCUGAAAGUGAAUGAAAAUAGACGAUAUAGGCCCAUGCCGUACAUAACAUGUAAUUCUCUUUUCGGAAGCAUGCUAUUGAUUAGUAUGAUGCUUAUCUAAAAUUUGCAGCUGCAAGAUCACGUUCUUCAAUCAACAACAGACAAUGGCGGACCGGCAACGCGAACAUUGGUGCGUGCGUGUGGACGUAUGCACGUGUACACGCGCGUUCGCGUGGGCGUGCGCAAAACCAUCAUUGUGCGUUUGGCGCGUGCACAUACGGAGCGCCGGUAACUGCAGAGGUGGAGGGAAUCAAGGAGGGAGUCGGGUGCAGCACGGGGGAAGCUGAAAGCUGUUCGCUCUGCAUUGGCGACCCUAAGCACCUGAUCCAGCACUCAUCUCUCUGUUAAUCAGGAACCUGAUUUGUUUUUCUUGGGAACCAUGGGGAAGAAGAGCCAGAGACGCCCAGAUGGAGAAUCGUCAGCCUCUGAGGAGGAGGAGUAUGUCGUAGAGAAAGUGCUGGACCGCAGGAUAGCGAAGGGCAGGGUGGAGUACUUCUUAAAGUGGAAAGGCUUCUCAGAGAAACACAAUACAUGGGAACCAGAGAAGAAUCUAGACUGUCCUGAGCUCAUAGCUGAGUUCAUGAAGACCUACAAGAAAAGUGGUGGUGGAGAUUGCAAGUCCAGCGGAGGGGGGGCCCGCGCCACCAGCACCGGCUCUUCUGGGGUGCGGCCCAAGGAUGGCACCCCCUCCAAGCGGAGGAGCUCAGCUGAGGAGGAGGGUAGCAGCAAGCCCAAGAAGAAGAAAGAGGAUGAAAUCCUGAUUGCAAGGGGAUUUGAGAGAGGCCUGGAGCCAGAGAAGAUCAUCGGGGCCACAGACUCGUGUGGUGACCUCAUGUUUCUCAUGAAAUGGAAGGACUCGGACGAGGCUGACUUAGUGCUGGCCAAGGAGGCCAAUCAGAAGUGUCCGCAGAUCGUCAUCGCCUUCUACGAGGAGCGCCUGACGUGGCAUGAGGACGGGGACAAGAAGGAGAAGGGUGCUGUGAGCGUGUGAGUGGGGGGCCCGGCCUGAAGACGGACUCGCCCCAUCACCACCCGCCUGCCCGCACCCAAAGACUCCUUUUUAUUACUAUAUAAAAACAGGAUACCAAACUUGGUGAUGGAGCCCCCCCAUGCCCCCUCCGAGGCUCAGUCUGAAGAUGCAGCAUCUGCGAACCGGGGCUGGGGGUUGGUCCAUGCCAGGUCACCUGAUUAGAUUAGUAGGUUAGUUUGUCAGUGUUAGGAUUCUCUGUGUGAAUGAGGUAAAAACGGCACCCCAGGUCCGAGGAGGCGUACGGCGGCCAUGCCACCACCGGGUGUGGGGCCUUCUCAAUGACUGUACCCAUGUGGCUCUGGGGGCGGGAGGGCCGGGCCCCCUUGUUCUUUGAGAAGUUCCUCACACUCUUGUUUUUUUUCCCCUCAUCUUUCUCUGUUGAUCCCGCCAUUGUUUUUGCCAAGAUUUCUUAGUGGGUAUCAUCCUUUAUGUUAAAGGAGCAAAACGAACCGCGUGGAAUUGGAGAGACUCAUCAUCUAACCUGGUGUCUCUUGGCGGAGGUUGGUGUUUCUCUGGAGCUUGUUUUCGUUUCUGUGACAGUGGCCAAGCUUUUGAUGUCAUACAGGGCAGAAGCAAUUCAGACCUUCAGCUCCGAACCAGGGGUCCACAUGGGGGCGCUGUUUCGCACGCGGGUUUAUUGGCCCAAACAGGCUUCCGUCUCGCUCCCUCUUGUUGAGCCAGUCAUGUUCAAUAUUGGUAGCGAUGAAACUUUGACAAUCAGCAUGGAAGUCGUAACUGCCUUGGUUACUAUGCCAACAGCAGCAGUUCGUGCGGUCGCCUGUAGGGGGCGUACUUAGACCUUAAGGCAGGGGAUCAGGUUCCCUACCCCUGCCUUAAGGUAUGCAAACCUCAGCAGUGUGUGGUUUGUGGGGCCCUGUCAGUUACACCUUACCUUUGCUUAUAUGGUUCAGAGCCGCCCGCCCCCCCCCCCCCCAUACCCAACACAGCCCCACUUCCUGUACCCUGAGCUGCCGUUAGCGCAUUAGCAUUCGCUAACCGCGCUUCAUUGGCGCCGGUUUCCUCUGCUUUACAGUCCGUCUGUGACGAUGCCCACUGUCACUUUGUGUACAAGGUCAGCUCCUCCCUCUGGUGUUCUGGUCUGUGACAGUUUGAAAUCUUACAGCCCCCCCCCCCCCCCCCCCCCGUUUCAGGAAACACACGGGGUCGCUACCCCAUGCAGCCACUUUGAACUCGUCUUUUUGUACCAUGUGAUGUGACGCCAUCCUGUCCCUGUCUUCCGUGUGCUGUGUUCAGUACAUUUUUAUUUUUUUAUACAUUUAUAUUCUUAGUGGAUACAAAAACCCACUGCGUUGAUGUAUGUAAAGCACCACAUCCAGCCUUCAUGCAUUUUAUAUGUCUUGUAUCAAAUCCUAGUAAAUAGUUUUCAACAUUGUAAA